UUCCUAAAAAAAGUUGUUUCCCACUCUUUCUCUCUUAUCUCUCUCUCUCUAACUUCAUCUUAGGCAACCAACCUGUCUCUUGUUGCCUUCAUACUUGUCCUGUUGGAACCUCUGCAACACUCUCUCUCCCUCUCUCACACACACUCUCUCUCCUCUCUAAACACCAUGAAACCAACCCUAAAUCCUUCAUCACCCUGCUGUUUCUCAGGAUGAACUAUUUAAGACUUCAUUAAUGGCGUUGAGUGGCAGUGAGAAAGAGAUAACAGGAAUGCACACUUCAUCUCCAUACACCAACCACCACUUAAUAAGAGAAUCAUCUUCAGAAACUGUGGAUCAUGGGUCGGAUCCAGAUCGGUUUCCGGUUACCGGAGCUUCAGUCACACCAAUAUCAGUCGGAUCUAAACUCUUAAACUCACCUAUGCAAGUUCCAAGGUACAAAGAAUGCCUCAAAAACCAUGCUGCCAACAUGGGUGGAAACAUAACAGAUGGAUGCUGUGAGUUUAUGCCAUCAGGUGACGACGGAACCCUAGAAGCACUAAAAUGCGCCGCUUGCAACUGCCACCGCAAUUUCCACCGCAAAGAAUACCCCAUCACCACCCCUUCAGCCGGACCUUUCCUCCAACUACCUCCACCGUCCCCAUCACCGUCAUUCCACCACCACCACCACCACCGUACCCCCCACCCACUCUCCCUCCACCACCACCACCACCCUAACUGGGGUUCUUCCAUCAAUGCUUCACCGGUCAAAAUGGCGUUUGGAGGUAGCUUUACCGGUGGAGGUGCAGCUACUGAAUCUUCAAGUGAGGAGCUGAACUUUACCACUGGGGUGGUGGCUCCGCCGUAUGGGGUGGCGAAGAAGAGGUUUAGAACAAAGUUUACUCAAGAUCAGAAGGAUAAGAUGCUUGAAUUUGCUGAGAAAGUUGGGUGGAGGAUCCCUAGAGAUGAUGAUCCUGAAGUUCAAAGGUUUUGUACUGAGGUUGGAGUUAAAAGACAGGUGCUCAAGGUUUGGAUGCAUAAUAAUAAAGCCACUUCUGGGAAGAAGCAAGUUCAAGAUUCCAUUGACAGCAUUAACUGAUUGUACGGUACUACCAAACUAUGCAUUAACUCGGGCUGAAUGUUGUCGUGUGUAUAUGAAUGAAGUGCUAGGUAGACUCUAGGGGUGUUUGUCGGUUCGGGCUUCUAGUUAUUUGGGUUAUUUGGAUUGGGUUAUUCAAUUUUCGGUUUAAUUGGUUUCAAACCGAACAUUGAACACCCGUAGGUUAGAAAUCCAUUAUAAUCUUGCAUCCUCUUGGUGUUUUAUUUUUUAUUUUUAUAUUUAUUUGGGUUGAAUAUUAUCAUUGUGGUUUUAGUUUAUUAAAAUUCUAUCAUUAGUUUCUUGUUAA